UUUCUGGACCUGCUUUCUUGCUGGCUUUCUUGCAACUCAUCUUGGCAAAGUAAACUAACCUCACCCUACCCUCACAAUGCCGCCCACCGAAACCGAAACCGAGGCCGCACCAGCGGCAUCCAGCGCCCCACCGCACGAAUACCCACCCCACCACCGCUUAAAAGAUCUCGCCUACUUCAAAAACCAUCUCACCCUCAUGCCCGCCCACUACACCUCUGUCGAUAUCAGCAGAAUGACGUUCGCAUUCUUCGCCCUCUCCGCGCUGGAUCUCAUGUCCGAGAUAGGGAAUUUGGAUGGAGGGGUGAAGCAGGGAUGGGUGGAGUGGAUUUACGCGCAGCAGAUUUGUGAUGAUGGGGGAGGCACGUUGGCACGCUGCGGCUUCCGCGGGUCGCCCAUCGCAGGGGCAUCGUUUGGGACGAACAGCUCGAUACAUGCUCAUGGUGCAGCGCAUAUCACAAUGACCUACACCGCGCUUGCUUGUUUGUUGAUAUUGGGCGAUGAUUUGGGGAGGGUGGAUGUGAAUGGUAUCGUCGGGGCGCUGGCGUUGUUACAAGUUGAUAGCGGCAGUUUCAAACCAACCCACGACUCCGACCCAAUUGAAUCCGAUAUGCGGUUCCUCUUCUGCGCCUGCGUCAUCUCCUUCCUCCUCAACGACUGGCGAGGGGUUGACAAAGAGAAAGCUAUAUCAUACAUCCUCGCCUCCCAGGGACACGAUGGGGCGUUCGGCCAAGGGCCCGGGUUGGAAGCGCAUGGCGGUAGUACCUACUGCGCCCUCGCAUCCCUCUCCCUCCUCUCCUCCCUGGACCGUCUCCCGAACCGCGUAGCCUUAACCCACUGGCUCGUCCUCCGACAACAGGAGGAGGGGGGGUUCAAUGGGCGCCCGGGGAAGGAUGCGGAUACGUGUUAUGCGUUUUGGGUUGGGGGGUCAUUGGAGAUUCUGGGCGCGUAUGAUCUGAUCGACACGGAAGCACUGCACACGUUCCUGGACUCGACACGGAGCAAGUAUGGUGGGUUUGGGAAAGCUGUUGAGAGUUAUCCCGACCUGAUGCACGCAAACAUGGGCAUAGCAGGCCUAAGCAUCAUGCGCGUCCCCGGUCUGCAACGGAUCCACGUCCCGACGGCGAUGACAGCGCGGACGGUCGGGAGGUUGGAGGGGUGUGUCCCUUGGAGGAAAGGAAAAACAGUACGAGAUGGAGAGACGAGCUAAUGGGAGGAGGGGGGAUUCGUUGGUGCUUGUACAUAUAAAUAGAUUCUAGAAAGGAAUGCUUUCAGGUGGGGUAUGUGCGGUUGUCCCAAUGACAGUCAGGGGCACGAGGGGGAAAUGCCCAUGGGCGAGAGAACGAUGAGGUGUAACGUGCCUUCGAAACAACA